AUGCCAGCCUUCGAUGCGUCCAAGAUCACCGUUAUAUUCGUGCUAGGAGGCCCAGGAAGCGGCAAGGGCACGCAAUGCGACAACCUCGUCACGGACUUUGGAUUCAAGCAUCUCUCGGCUGGUGACCUGCUACGAGAGGAGAAGAGCCGCGACGGAUCGCCGUUAAAGGCCAAGAUCGAGUAUUGGAUCAAGGAAGGCAUGGUCGUCCCGCAAGAGGUGCUUGUGCAACUGCUCACCGACGCCAUGACCGCGACACUCGCCAACCCCCCGCCCUUUGCACCGGGCUCGACGCUCGCCGACGCGUGGAGCGGAGGCCGGGGCCGGUUCCUCAUCGACGGGUAUCCGCGGGCGAUGGACCAGGCGCUCAUGUUUGACGCGAAUGUCGUACAGUCCAAGUUCGUCUUGUUCAUGAACACGUCCGAAGACGUCAUGCGCCAGCGCAUGGUACAGCGCGGGCGUGGCGACGACAACGACGAGACGAUCUGGAAACGCUUCGUGACUUUCCAUAACACGUCCCUCCCCGUCGUCGAGCACUAUCGCAGCGAGGGCAAGGUGGUGGACGUUGACGCGUCGCCUGCCCCGGAGGCCGUCUAUGCGCAGAUCAAGGCUGCGCUGGCGCAGCGUCUCGGCGUGUAG